AUGUGGCGCUUUGGUAAAACCGACAGCUCGCCUGAGGCACCUGUGGCGACGGGCAUUCAGGAACAAAGAAUCCAAAAAAACAGCCUUGAUGUAUCCGACCAAAUUGCAGUUGUUGGGAUGUCCAUGAGACUCCCUGGUGGGAUUAAGACAACUGAAGAUUUCUGGGAUUUGCUAAUUCGCGGAAAAGACUGCCAUGGACCUGUGCCUCCGUCUCGCUACAAUGCGGAUAACUACUACUGCGAGUCAGGCCGGCCGGGGACCCUUCCAACGAAGCACGGAUAUUUCUUGGAUGACGACAUAUCGACUUUUGAUGCUUCUUUCUUCUCAAUCAAUGGCACGGAGGCUGCCACUUUGGACCCGAAACUGAGGUUCCUGCUUGAAGUUGUCUGGGAGUGUCUUGAGAAUGGCGGACAGGUAGACUGCCAGGGGAAAGAUAUUGGAUGUUUCGUGGGAAAUUUUGGGGACGACUGGUCCGAGAUCUUGAGGAAGGAUACGCAGAGCAUUGGAAAAUAUCACGCGGUUGGAGGGCACAACUUCUCGCUGGCGAAUCGAGUAUCGUAUGAAUAUGAUUUUCAUGGGCCUAGUAUGACGUUUGACACAGCAUGCGCAUCAUCAUUGAUGGCCUUGCACCAAGCAUGCCAGGCUCUCCGGAAUAACGAAUGCAGCGGGGCAAUUGUCGGGGGAACAAGCAUGAUCAUCUGUCCCAGCUGCACAGUCUCCAUGGGAGUUGCAGGUGCUCUUUGCGGAGACGGAAGAUGCAAGACAUUCGAUGCUAGCGCCAAUGGCUAUGGAAGAGCAGAGGCUAUUAACUCUAUUUUCGUGAAAAGAUUGAGCGAUGCUAUUCGUGAUGGGGAUCCAAUCCGGGCCACUAUUCGAUCCACAGCAACGAAUUGCGAUGGGAAGACGUCGGUGUUCAUCGCGCCGAACCCAAAGGCUCACGAGGAUAUGAUCAAGAGGGCAUAUAGUUCCGGAGGUAUCGAUAACAUGGGCGAGACGGGAUUUUAUGAGUGUCACGGCACCGGGACACAACUCGGCGAUAGAUGCGAGCUAUCUGCUGUGGCAAACCUCUUCCAAGAUUCGGGAGUGUAUAUCGGUUCUGCCAAAGCUAAUGUUGGCCACUCCGAAGGCGCCUCGGGGCUGACCGGUCUCAUCAAGGCAAUUCUCAGCAUGGAGCAUGAGACAAUUCCCCCUCAUGCUAAUUUCUUGACACCAAACCCCAACAUUCCGUUUGACUCCAACAACCUGUGGAUUCCAACGAAACCCACGCCGUGGCCUAGAGAACGCCUCAAACGAGCAAGCGUCAGCUCAUUCGGGAUAGGGGGUUCCAAUGUGCAUGCAAUACUCGAAGGCCAUAAAAGGUUGAAAAUACCUGCACCCGAGAAAUCGGGACUGCCAAAAUUGAUAGUCCAUUCAGCCCAAAGCUGUCCAGCUUUGAAGAAACGGGUGAAGAUCAUGCAAAGUUUUAUCUCCGACCACCCCGAUGACCUGUCCGACAUAGCUUAUACCCUUUGUCAACGUCGGGAACGUUUACGACAUCGCGCGUUCACAAUUCAUGGUGCCGGGGCGGUGGAAAAGCAUCCCCAACUAGUCAAAGCGCCGGAGAGGCGACCACCAUUGAAUUUUAUAUUCACCGGCCAGGGCGCGCAGUGGAGAGGCAUGGGGCAUGGCCUCAUGCAAUUGGAACCCUUUAGGGCCGAGAUUGAUCUUGAAUUUCCCAUCAACGACCCUGAAUACGCCCAGACUCUGUGCACGGCCCUCCAAGUCGGCAUUAUCAAGGUGUUGUCAUCAUGGCAGAUAAAACCGGAUACAGUAUUGGGUCACUCCAGCGGUGAAAUUGCAGCUGCGUACGCAGUCGGCGCCAUCUCGUCUUCAGACACAAUCAAGAUUGCUUAUUAUCGGGGCUUUUCGGCAAAGGCCUAUCCGCACAAUGGCGCCAUGGCAGCUGUGUCCAUUAGUAAAGAGACCGCAGAAAAAUACCUUCAGCCGUCUGUUGUGGUUGCGUGCCAAAAUGCUCCUAAAAGUAUAACCCUGAGCGGAGAUGCGGAUGAACUGCGUCUUGUGUUAGACCGUAUCAAAUGGGACUUCCCGGAUAUUCGGUUGAAGGUGUUGAAUAUUCCUAUAGCGUACCACUCACACUUUCUGGAUGAGGCUGGCGAAUUCUAUCAAAAUUUACUCGGAGACUCGGUAUCCGCAAGUCAAACACCUGUUGGAGUCUUCUAUUCAACAUCAAAAACAGGAGUACAGACCUGUGCUGACGACUUCGGUCCUUCUUAUUGGCAAAACAACCUAACCUCACCAGUUCAAUUCCACUCUGCGGUGUCUAAUGUGCUCAGGACACAGGAGGAUCACGAGAGGACUAUUUUCCUCGAGAUCGGUCCACAUUCCGCCCUCUCUUCUCCUUUGCGGGAAAUUUGUGCAUCACAGGACAAGGGACCCCAAGCUAUUUACAUACCCACGGUAGCCAGAGAUGAGUCUCCGAUGAUAGGGUUAUUUGAAGCAGCGGGCUGUCUGUACCAGCAGUCCGUGGACGUUGAUUUCCUCGCCAUCAAUGGGUCAGGAACCGUUCUCACGGACCUACCACUCUACCCAUGGGAUCAUGAUCAAAAAUACUGGAAUGAAAGUCGAAUGUCCAGAGAGUGGCGACAGCCAAAGUUCCGACAUCAUGAAAUCCUAGGAUCCCGUGUUGUUGAAUCCACUGAUUCGAAUCCUAGCUGGCGAAAUCUGUUGUCAACAAGCAGUGCCGGAUGGAUUACUGACCAUCAGCUCCGGAGUAAGAUCAUAUUCCCUGGUGCCGGAUACGUCUGUAUGGCUGGUGAGGCGAUUAGACAGAUUUCCGGAUCCGCAGACUAUACCAUCAGGCAUAUGAAUCUAUUGGAGGCUUUGGUUCUACCAGAAGAAUCAGAUAUUGAAGUCGUCACAAGCCUGGCCAUAGUACCCCUGACAGAUGCUGAAAACUCCAAUAAAUAUCGAUUCACGAUCUCAUCAACAACGGGCGAGUGCUGGAUCAAUCACUGCACCGGUGAAGUGCAAGGCGGAAGUGAUUACGAUCUCUCGGAUAAAAGGCAGCUACUCAUCGACAAGGACUCCGAUCGGUGGAAUCGGACACUUGAAUCGAAUAAGUUCUAUUCGGCCCUAAAAGAUAUUGGCCACGGGUUUGGGCCGUACUUUCGACUGCUCUCCUCCAUACAAGCUUCCUCUGGCCAUCAUGCAGCAAAGGGCACUGUGCAGAUGGACCACGAGCUAUACCGGACAAGCUACUAUGCACAGCAUCCACUGAUCAUUGACCAUUGUCUUCAGCUGUCAAUAGUGGCAGCAAUCAAGGGAUUGUGUUAUCGACUGGACCACUUGGUUGUCCCAGCUUCGGUAGAUCAAAUUUACGUUGCGCCAAGCCAGCAUGAAGACACCAGUUAUGACCUGAAGGCGUUCGCAACGAAGGUGAAGAAAAGCGCCGUUUGUCAGUCUGUGGCCGGGAACAAUGGAGAAAUGCAAAUUGCAAUCAGUGGAUGUUCUAUGAUGCCAUUAACCAACGAAAUAAAGCCUAUCGAAAUCCAGGAGCUUCACUGGCAUCCGAUGCAUACGUCAAUGGUCCCAUCAGAGUUGAUAAAGGCCCCGCACAAGCCAGCGCAUCAGGAAAUCUUGAUGGAAGAAAUAGCAGUGCUCUGCACUCUUGAGUCAGAUCGCAUUGCUGGGUCCCAAAAGCCUACCACACGGCAUAUUCAGAAGUAUAAAGAGUGGUUAGCAUCUCAGGCACACAUUUUGCGAACACAAGGAUCGGAAUUGGUUCCGCAGGCUAGGAGGUGGGCAACUGAGGAUUCACCGAAUUGGCUCGACAUGAUCGAAAAGCGUGCUGCACUCGCAGAAACAAAACUGAAGCCUUGGCAGCAUCAACUCAUCCUCCACGUCUUUGAUAACUCGCUCGCCAUCUUAUCUGAGGAUAAAGAUCCCCUAGAGGUUUUGUUUGACGGUACACGACUCCGAGAAUUUUACGAAGGCUUGCUUACUCCCAGUGACUGUUCUCCGUUCUUAUCGUCACUAGGCCACGAGCAACCUGGGUUGAAAGUGUUGGAGGUGGGAGGUGGUACUGGUGGAUUCACGACGCAUGUCCUUGAGUCCCUCAAAGGUGCAUCGAAAGUUCCUUUAUAUUCGAAAUAUAUGUUCACCGACAUAUCGGCUGGGUUUUUCCCGAGCGCUCAAAAGCACCUGCAGUCGUUUGCAGGUAUCGAGUACCAGGUACUCGAUAUUUCUUCUGACCCAACGGCGCAAGGUUUUCCCGAGGAAGAAUAUGAUUUGAUUGUUGCAGCAGGUGUUCUGCAUGCGACACCGUUCCUGUCGAAGACUCUUGAGAACGUCCACAGACUGCUGAAGCCAGGAGGAAAACUGCUCAAUGCGGAAAUCUUCCCCGAGGGUAUCCACAUGAGCUAUAUCAUGGGAAUUAUUCCCGGGUGGUGGAUUGGUGAUCAGGAUAAUCGUCCCAAUCAGCCCUAUGUUUCUUCUAGUCGAUGGAACCGAGAACUCAAAGCCACCGGAUUCACGGGUACGGACAUCGUUGUCCUGGACCAGGAGUAUCCAUUCCAGAAAACAGGCAUAUUGAUAUCCACCAAGAAGCAAGAAAAGAAGCCUCCAGAAGAUGUAACCUUACUCUGUCAUCACGAAAGCAGUCCGGUGGUUCAAAAAAUCAAGAAUGCUUUCAGCAAAGCUGGUCAUCGUGUUCAACUCUGUGCUUAUGGAAGUCACAAAGAGUCCCAAGGGGGCAUUAUCUCUUUGCUCGAAACAGAGGAGCCUUUCUUCAGCGCUAUGACCGUGAACAAAUGGCGUACAUUCCAAACGCUUCUCACUGACAUUGACCAAUGCGGUAUAUUUUGGGUGACCAAAGAGACGCAAAUCCAAUGUCAUGAUCCUAAUUAUGCACUCACUCUCGGAGUGGCGCGCACAGUGAGGAGCGAGCUGGCGGUCGAGAUGGCAACUUUUGAAGCACAGUCAUUCGACAAUGAAUUUACUGAUGCAUUGCUAAUGGCCUACGGCAAAUUCCGUGAAAGGCACGGGGAGACAGACAAUCGCGAGUACGAAUAUCUAUAUCGUGACGGCAAGAUUCAUGUCCCCCGCUUCCAAUCGGUGGUAGCUGAAAAUGAAAUUUGUGCGAAGAGCCUCCAGUCAAUGGAUGCCAGGAUGCUAUCCAUCGGGGCCCCUGGAAGUCUAAGUAGUCUCUUUUGGAAGCCAGUGGCAUGUAGACCACCUCGCGAUGGCCAGGUAAUGAUUGAUAUCCAAUAUACAGGGCUUAAUUUCAGGGAUCUCCUGCAGGCCCUGGGAGCCUUCGGUGAGGAUGUGGAAUUUGGCAUCGAAGCUGCUGGGACGGGAUUGCUUGCUACACGGACUGUAGUGGCAUCGAAAAACUGCGUGCCUAUUCCAAACAGAAUCAGCUUAGAACAGGCCGCCGCGCUAUCUUGCGUCUACAGUACGGUCAUCUUUGCACUGAUGCAUCACGGGAAUCUGCGCAAAGGCCAGACAAUUCUGAUUCACUCUGCCUGCGGGGGUGUUGGACUCGCCGCUAUUUCCCUCAGCAUAAUGCAGGGCGCCGACAUAUAUGCCACUGUCGGUAGCGAAGCUAAAGCUGAGUAUCUUAAUGAGCGAUUUGGCAUACCCAGAAAUAAGAUUUUCAGUUCUCGUGACUCGUCAUUCCACAGCGGAUUAAUGAGAGCUACCAACGGUAAGGGUGUUGAUAUUGUGCUCAACUCUUUGGCAGGGGAGCUUCUCCAUGCGUCCUGGGAGUGUGUUGCCAAGUUUGGCAAGAUGAUUGAGAUUGGCAAACGAGAUAUUAUGGGAAACGGAUCAUUACGUCUUGCCCCGUUCUUGCAUAAUCGAUCAUUUAUUUGCGUCAGUAUGGACGAAAUCAUAACAGAACAACCGGAGCUGAACCACCAGCUCAUCAGUGAUGCUUUUCGAUACAUCGAGGAAGAGCUUAUCGAGCCGAUUGAGCCUAUACGGAAAUUUCCCGCCAGCCAGGUUGAAGAAGCGUUCCGCCACAUGCAAGGAGGGCAGCACAUCGGCAAGGUUCUGGUGCAGAUGCCGGCGAGCCUCGGCGAUUUACCCCAGGCGACGAAAUCAGAUCCGCCAAAGUUUUCUUCAGAGGCUGCGUAUAUGUUGACCGGUGGGCUUGGGGGAAUUGGACGUUCCGUUUGCCGAUGGAUGGUAGAUAAUGGCGCGCGGGAGCUCGUCUGUCUUUCGAGAUCACCGCCGUCAUCAAGCAGCGACUUCGUGUCGGAGAUAGAAGCUCAAGGCUGUCAGCUGACCCUUGUAAAAGGGAAUGUCGCAAUUGAAGACGAGGUCAGGGUGGCAAUCCAAUCCUGUAAAAAGCCUCUAAAGGGUGUCCUCCAUUUGGCCAUGGUUCUCAGGGAUCGACCAAUCACAGAGAUGUCUUAUGAUGAGUGGAGUGCUCCGCAAGAACCUAAGGUAUCAGGGGCAUGGAGUCUUCAUAGGGCUCUUCAGGGUAUCGAUCUUGACUUCUUCACUCUUUUCAGCUCUACCUCGGGCAUUGCUGGACAGCUAGGACAGGCAAGUUACAGUGCAGGGAACACGUUCCUGGAUGCCUUUGUCAGAUACCGACAUUCUAUGGACCUCCCAGCGGCCGUGAUCGAUCUAGGGAUUGUUGGAAACAUAGGACUUUUCGUCGACGCGGAAUAUCGCAAAUUACUGGAAACCACGUUGCGCGGUUUCACAAUCAUCGGAGAGAAAGAGAUCUUUCGCGCGAUUGAGGUUGCGAUGAUGCGCCAGAAGCCAGACAGUCUCUCUGAUCAAUAUUCCAGUCACGGUCAAUUCGCAAUAGGGCUUACUCCGCCAACAAAAGAGAAUCCACACCAUACCCAUAGUCUCUUGCAGGGAGACAUGCGCAUGGGAUUAUUGAAGCCUGCAUUGACACGUGCGCAACCUGUGCGGAACGAGGCCAGCCGAGUCCAGAAGUUGUUUACUGCCAUGUCCGAAGAUUCAGCGUUUUCGGAACGCGACGAGGCCUUGACGCUGAUCCAGGAUGAGGUCCUUCACCGAUUGAGCUGCUUGUCCGGCUCCAACGAGCAAGAUAUCGGGCUACGCCAGCCUUUUUCUCAGUUGGGACUGGAUUCCUUAGUCGUGGUGGAGUUGCGUAUCUGGAUCCAGCGAACAUUCCAUAUCACAGCAACAGUGUCGGAAAUCAUGAGCACGGGUCAUGUUGAAGGGCUAACACAGUUGAUCCUGAGUCGACUGAGGGAACGAUGA